CUUUCAUAUUUUCUCUUCUGUAUCACAAAUGUUGGAAAUAAUACCCAAAAUCUACUUGUUAUUUAUUAUUUUGCUCAGUCCAAACAUUGUAAUUCCCGGCGGUAUGCAAGCCAAGAUGCCGCCAUCAACAACUCCAUCAUUCUUUGGCGAAACAAGAAAAAUAAAUUGUAACUGCUUUUCCAUCCCGGGUUUCAACAAAAAAAGAAAAAAAGAAAAUGUUUUGUCAGUUUUUUUUGCUGUUUGGCGCGGGCCUACUAUGGUUUUCUAUAUUGCGCUUUCGAAUGUGUGGCGACCUGAAC